AAAUACAUAUUAGCAAAAAGAAGAGGAGAGAAACGGAGUACCCUUAAAGCAGAGAUGGAAGAAGAGACAAGAAAACRCGAAUCAUGAUUCAUACAACUGGUCUUCCUGUGGUCAUCAGCAAUCAAAACAAACAUGGCGGACGAAUCGAAGCUUUCGUMCCGUGAAAAGACAAUCUUUGAUCUUCCACAACAAGACAUCGUAUUCGACAAAAUAUUCACCAAUCUCAGCUUAGACGAGAUAUUUAAGUGUCGUAGAGUGUGCAAGGACUUUAAAAAUCUGUGCGAGGGACAUUUUAAAACAAUGAAAAAGAUCGACAUCAACAACGUUCUUCAACCUUCCAAAAUGACUUCUGGAAUCCUUGAACAAAUUACACUUGAAAAUUCAUCGCUUAAUUCCAUUAUUUUAAGGAAUCCAAGGUUUCUACUUGAAGACUGUGUCUUAGUAAAUAUAUUCAGUAGAAAUUCUAGUUUGCAGAAGUUGGAUUUGAGCGGUUGUCGAAUGCUUACAAGCGUAAUCAUUGUGAAACUUGCUACAUUUUGUCCUCUACUUCGUGAGCUGAUCCUCUGUGGAUGUCUUUGGGUGUCGCCUCAGUCUCUUAUAAAGGUUUUCCAAAGCUGCMWUUGCUUAGAAAGAGUAGAUCUAACYCGCUGUUCGAGAACUAAYKCGGAUUGUAUAAAAAUCCUGGCUCAACACGCUCCAAAACUGAAAUUUAUAUCUUUGAAUUAUUGCACUGGGAUGACAGAUGAGUGUAUGGCUACUCUAGCAUCUYGCUGUCCUUAUAUAACUCAUGUAGGAAUAAGUGGUUGUAUUUAUUUGACAGACUCUUGUCUUAAAACACUAGCAACGAAGUGUCCUAAUCUAUGCUCUGUGGAGGUCGAAGGUUGYAAUAGCAUGACUAAAGAGGGAAUUUAUGUUUUGUGGGAGAGAGGUAUCAAGACAGAUGUACAAAGAGAAUUUKUUGAAAAAUCAAAGUUCUGGUCUUAAAUUGCUAUUUUCAAGAGUUAUUGUGUAUCUCCAGAAAUUAUCCAUACCCCCCCCCCCCAGAAAAAUUUGGAAUUUCUGAGGGGUAGGGGGGUCAGAGAAACAAUAAAAACUACAGAGUUUGUAUGGAAGGAAAUUGCAAAUAUUGCCAGGGGUAGGGGAGUCCUUAAAAAAAUUCCUCCAUGGGGGGUGUGGGGAGGUGGUAUGGGAGAUUUCUGGAAUUACACAAUAGCUUUUUGAAAUAUUCUGAGCAAUGGAACCAAUACUAGUAGUCUUAGCUAUCAUUUGCGGCAUUGAAUGCCUUUUGGGCAUAUACAACUUUUUACCUCAGUCAUAAUAUUUUCCAUUUAUGGCCACAUGUCAUUCCCUUGAGUAUCAUUUCUUUGUUUAAUGGUUAUGCACGAGAAGACACAUGAAUGUGGAUACAAACAAACAAUCUUAUUCUCAAAAGAAUGACACGUGGUCUGAAAUGGGAAACAUUUUUACACCCAGGGUAAAAGAAAGAUGGUGAAAAAAUAGACUUUAUCUGUGAUAGGGAACAUGGUGCAUUGUGGUCUAGCUUUAUUAUGCCUUAUAUGGAAGCUUACCCUCAAUGCAUCGUGUUUAUUAAACUCAGUUAAGGCCUAUGGUGUCUCAAAUCGACCGUUUUCUCAAGAUUGCGUACGCAUCCAACUUGAUGGGCCACAAAUUUGAAAAACGAAAAUUCAAUGAAAUUGAGA